AUGAGAUUGAGAAGGUUGGUGGAGGUGAAGCCUUCAGGUAAAUGCUACGUGGAUCAGGAGAUCCGGGACGACUACGCGAACAUGGAGCGGAGGGAGUGGUUGGAACUCGCAUUAUGUGAUGCCAUCAAAAAACAUGGCGCCGAUCGCAAGAACUUCAAGAAGAUUAGGGCAGAAUUCCUGACUCGAGUUGUAGUAGUCAGGGAAAGGAUGGCCUUGCGAGAGCAAGAAGUGCAUGGGUCUUGGAUGACUGAAGCCAAGAUGACCCAGAAGGGGUAUUCAGCGAACUGGAAGUAUGACAAUUCCGUCUUGGAAUACUUUGUCGAAGAUGAGUGCUCAUCGUUGAUCAAACGAUCCGAGAUGACCAGGGAAACUCAUAUCACCGAACUUGAGGUGGGGUUCCCUAUAUAUUCAUGCUUGCAUGCGCACCUUUGA